AAAGGAGCUUCACUUCAGAGAGGCUGGCAGGUUAUAUCCUCUACAGGGGAUUCCUAUUGAACAAUCAAAUUUUCAGCUUUCAAAAUUAGGACUGAACUUAAAAAUUUCCACAAAAGAAGUUGCCAGAAGGAACCAUGGAGAUCAGAGGGGCGCUCGCUCUGUGGAAAAGGCAAGUCCUGAUUUUCUUUGUUUUGCUGGAAUUGUCUCAGGGAGGUACUGAAUCUACACACUAUUCUAUGGCAGAGGAAACAGAAAUUGGUUCUUUUGUGACUAAUCUGGCAAGGGACCUGGGACUAGGGGUUGAGGAGUUGUCUUCACGGGAGGCCCGGGUAGUGUCUGAUGAUAAUGAAAAGCAUUUGCAUCUUGAUUUGCUGACUGGGGAUUUGCUUUUAAAUGAGAAACUGGACCGAGAAGAGCUGUGCGGCUCCUCCGAGCCCUGUGUGCUGCAUUUGCAGGUGGUAUUGGAAAAUCCUUUACAGUUUUUUUGGGUUGAGCUGCAUGUCGAAGAUAUAAAUGAUCACUCCCCUACAUUCCUGGACAAGGAAAUACUUAUUAAAAUAUCAGAAAGUACUGCUAUUGGAACCACAUUUCUAAUAGAGAGUGCUCAAGACUUGGACAUUGGAAACAACAGUCUCCAAAACUACACAAUUAGCUCCAAUUCUCAUUUCCACAUUAAAAUUCGAGACAGUGGUGACAGAAAGAUAUACCCAGAACUGGUCCUAGAUACAGCGUUAGAUCACGAGGAAGAAUCUGAACUCAGAUUAACACUCACAGCACUAGAUGGUGGGUCCCCACCCAAGUCUGGAACAACUUUGGUCAUCAUCAAGGUCUUGGACGUCAAUGAUAAUGCCCCUGAGUUUCCUCAGAGUCUCUACGAGGUGCAGGUCCAGGAGGACACACUCCCUGGCUCCUGGAUUAUCACUGUCUCUGCGAAGGAUUUGGAUGCAGGAAAUUAUGGGGAAAUAUCUUACACAUUUUUCUAUGCAUCGGAGAAUAUUCGUAAGACAUUUGAAAUCAAUUCAAUGUCUGGGGAAAUUAAUUUGAGAUCAGCCUUGGAUUUUGAAGCAAUACAAUCCUACACUAUAAAUAUUCAGGCAACAGAUGGUGGAGGUCUUGCAGAAAAAUGCAACCUUCUAGUUAAGGUAAUAGAUAUAAACGACAACCCACCGGAAGUGACCAUGUCGUCAAUUACAAAGACAAUUCCAGAGAAUGCCUCAGAGACUCUAGUGGCUCUUUUCAGUGUCCGAGACCAAGAUUCUGGGGACAAUGGGAGAGUGAUUUGCUCUAUUCAAGAUGACCUCCCCUUUUUUCUGAAAUUGACCUUCAAGAACUUUUACACUCUAGUUUCGGAAAAAGCACUGGACAGAGAGAGCAGAGCCGAGUACAACGUCACCAUCACCGCCACCGACCUGGGGACUCCCCCGCUGAAGACCCAGCACCACGUCACCGUGCGGGUCUCCGACGUCAACGACAACGCCCCCGCCUUCACCCGGGCCCUGUGGAGGACCUGGCCGCGAGGGGCCAGAGUCAUCUUUGACGACUAUAAACCGUAUUUGCGGUUGGAUCCGCAGACCGGCAACUUGCUCUUAAAUGAGCUACUCGACCGGGAGGUGCUUUGUGGUCUCACCGAACCAUGUAUACUGCAUUUUCAGGUGUUGUUUGAAAAUCCUUUGCAGUUUUUUCGGGCUGAGCUUUUGGUAAAAGAUAUAAAUGAUCACACUCCCACGUUCCUAGAUAAAUACAUACUUCUAAAAAUCUCAGAAGCUACUGCUCCAGGAACCUCAUUCCAAAUCGAUAGCGCUCAGGAUUUGGAUGUAGGAAAGAAUGGUGUCCAGAAUUAUACAAUAAACCCCAACCCCCAUUUCCACCUUAAGUUACAAGACAGUGAUGAGGGCAGAAAAUAUCCAGAGCUGGUACUGGGCCAAUCUCUAGAUCGAGAAAAGGAGUCCGAGUUUAGUUUAACGCUAACAGCUAUGGAUGGCGGGUCUCCGCCCAAGUCCAGUACUACUCUGAUUCGCCUUGUGGUCGUGGAUAUCAACGACAACGCUCCUGAAUUUGAGAAGCCAGUCUACAAGGUUGACGUUCCAGAGAACAGCCCUGUGGACUCCUUGGUCAUCAAGGUGUCCGCUACAGAUUUAGAUGCAGGAAUAAAUGGAGAAAUAUCUUAUUCAUUUUCCCACGUCUCCAGAGAUGUACGGAAAACAUUUGAAAUCCAUCCAAAUUCUGGUGAAGUCCAUUUGAAAGCACGUCUAGAUUUUGAGACUACUCAGUCUUAUGCCAUAAAUAUUCAGGCCAUUGAUGGUGGGGGCCUUUCUGGAAAAUCAGCCAUUUUAGUUCGGGUUGUAGAUGUGAAUGACAACCCACCAGAAAUAGCUAUGACAUCCCUAACCAGCCCCAUUCCGGAAAACUCUUUCCCUGAGAUGGUGGUGGCUGUUUACAGCUUACGAGAUCCAGACGCGGGAGACAACGGGAGAAUGGUUUGCUCCAUUCAGGACAACCUCCCCUUUCUCUUGAAGCCGACAUUCAAGAAUUUCUACACCCUGGUAACAGAGAGACCGCUGGACAGAGAGAGCAGAGCCGAGUACAACGUCACCAUCACGGUCACCGACCUGGGGACUCCCCCGCUGAAGACCCAGCACCACGUCACCGUGCGGGUCUCCGACGUCAACGACAACGCCCCCGCCUUCACCCGGGCCGUCUACACCCUGCUGGUCCGCGAGAACAACCGCCCCGCCCUGCACAUCGGCAGCGUCAGCGCCACCCUGGCGGCCGUCGGCGGCGCCGGGACGCUGUCGCGGAGCUGCGGGUAUGAGGUGUGCCUGACGGGGGGCUCGGGGGCCGGCGAGUUCCAGUUCCUGAAGCCGAUUGUCCCUAAUUUUCUGCCCCAGGGCAGUGAAAUGGAGAAAGACCCACCUUUCUGA